GUCUUUUUGUCGUUGUAAACAAUUUCCUAAUCUUUUAAAUGUAUCUUCUUACUAGUUGCACAAUUUUAUUAUUGGGUCUAUUCUGCUGUGUCAUGGGUGAUAAUGACAAAGACAAGUGCCUGAAACCUUGUCCUUUUGUUUUCAAGCCAGUUUGUGGAACCAUUGAAGAUCCACAAGGCAAGCCGUUAGAUUGUACAUUUCCAAAUGAUUGUUUUUUGGAAAACUUUAAGUGUCUCUAUGGCAAAAAAGAAAUUGCACAAAAAUCGAAAAUUUGUCAAACUUUUCCUCCUGAAUGUAUUGAUAUUGUCUUGGGUGUAUUGUAAAAUAUAGAAGUUUGAAGUUCUUAUAUUAAAUAUGCAAAACAAAAGAUUGAAUAAAGUUUUUGAUGUAAAAUUUUUGUGAUUGAA